AAACCGGAGGACUCGUCGGAUGAAAUUUCCAACCCUGACGAUGAAGUUUGCAACACUUUGCCAAGUGGGCCUCUCUAUGAGCAUGACUAUUUUCCUGGUGAUGAUGACCAUGACUAUACGAAGCCGCGUUCGAACACUCUAUUGUCUCCUCUUACCAUAAUACUUAAAAGCGAGAAGACGCUGGAGGAGCUCUCGGAUAUGGUCCAGCACCUCGUAAAAGAACAUCCCGAACUCAUCCCAUCAGCAAAACAACUUCUGGAGGCCCUUGAUUGUGAUUGUGAUGAAAAUAAGCCUGCUCAAAAAGCGAUGGAGCUUCUGAAAAACCAACACGUUCUCCAAGGUUUCGUGAAAAAAUUUGCUGAGGGUUAUGCUCUUCUCUUGGAUGUACACAUGCUGGCAGAUGAUGUGCUGGAGGGCAUAACAGUUGCUGAUAGGGUGGCUCUUAUUAGACGAGAUCCCUCGUUGGAUGCAUGUGUCUCGGCCAAAGAGGACGUGGACGUGGAUAUAAUGAGGGGAGCCUUGUGCAUUUUAGUCGGGUACUGGAUUGAUUACAGACUGGAAACAUGGUUUUAUGAACAGUCUACAAACCUCU